UAAUGGAUUUCACACGUGAAGCAUUGCUCGCCGAGCUGGAGCUGAAGGAUGACAUAAUUGAACAGCUGAGAAAGGAACUUGAUGAAUAUCGAAUGAUGAAUACAACAAGAAAAACUGCAAUCUCUUCUGAACCGGAUAUUCAAGUCAAAAGACCAAUUAUUGGAAAAAGUGAUGCAGCUUUCGAAACAAUCGGAAAUGCAUUGCGUCUCAACUCGUUCCUUCGUAAUUUGGAUGCAACUCAAAUUGAGAAAAUCUCAUCUGCGAUGUACCCCGUAGAAGUUCCAGCUGGUGCAAUAAUUAUUCGUCAAGGAGAUCUUGGAUCAAUUAUGUAUGUUAUUCAAGAAGGAAAAGUUCAAGUUGUGAAGGAUAAUCGAUUUGUACGAACAAUGGAAGAUGGAGCACUAUUUGGAGAGCUUGCUAUUCUUCAUCACUGUGAAAGAACUGCAACAGUUAGAGCCAUCGAGUCGUGCCAUCUGUGGGCAAUCGAACGCAACGUUUUCCACGCAAUCAUGAUGGAAUCAGCUCGUGAAAAGACAAUGUCGUUCAAGCGUCAUCUCAAGUAUUCUGCCCGUUUUGGUGGUUAUCCGGAAGAAGUUUUGUUGAGAAUUGCUGAAUUUUGCACCGAAAUGAGAUAUGAUGCAAGAGAGGAGUUGGUGGUGAAGCCGCAGUAUGUUUAUCUCGUGUGCCGAGGAUCGGUGCUAUGCGACGAUCAGGGCGAAGUGAGCAAGAUCGUGGCUGGACAAGACUUUGAACUUCGGUGUGGAAGAAAAGGUCGUUUCGAACGAUUCUUUGUCCUCGAAGGACCCGCACAUCUAAUCAAAAUGCACGUUGAACAAUUGUGUAAAGCACUUGACACCACCGAUUUGGACGAUGAGAUACGACCCCGGGCAAGUAGUACGAUAGAAGAAGCCGAUGUUGAAUUGGAAGACUUGCAACGUGUCUCAACUCUCGGAAUGGGCGGUUUCGGACGUGUCGAACUCGUCCGUUCGGCUUCAUCGCGUACCUAUGCUCUGAAAAUUAUGAACAAGGCUCAUAUUGUUGAGACGAAACAGGAGAGCCAUGUUGUAUCGGAACGUCGGAUAUUAAUGCAAUGUGAUAAUGAUUAUAUUGUUAGAAUGUACAAAACAUAUCGUGACAGUGAGAAGAUCUACAUGCUCAUGGAGCCAUGUCUUGGUGGAGAGAUCUGGACGAUUCUCCGCAAAAAAGGCCGUUUCGACAAUGAUCUGACCCGAUUUUACUGUGCUGGAGCCAUGGAAGCUCUUGAAUACUUGCACCGAAAAAACAUUGUUUAUCGAGAUUUGAAGCCUGAAAACAUGCUUCUGGACAGAAAUGGAUGGCCAAAGCUCGUCGAUUUCGGAUUCGCCAAGAAAUUGAAGAAUGGCGGAAGGACGUGGACUUUCUGUGGAACUGCCGAAUAUGUUGCACCAGAAAUUGUACUCAAUAAGGGACAUGAUUUGUCUGUUGAUAUUUGGGCACUUGGAAUUUUCAUGUGUGAAUUGUUGACUGGAUCACCUCCAUUCUCAAGUACCGACCCAAUGGUUACCUAUAACGCUAUUUUGAAGGGACUGGAAAAGUGGGCGUGGCCAAGAUUCGUCACAAAAGAAGCCAUCGAUAUGAUGCUCUCCCUUUGUAAGUAUGAGCCAACAGAACGUCUUGGCUUUGGAGAUAUUGGAGAAAUCCGUCAUCAUAUUUGGUUUGACAACUUUGAUUUCGUCGGAUUCCGUGCUCACCGAAUUCGUCCACCAUUCAUUCCAUCGGUGGCCAACGACAUUGACACGUCGAACUUUGACACUUUCCCAGCGUUUGACAACUUUGCAUCGGGAAGUGACGAAAGUGGAUGGGAUAUUGAUUUUUAAGCUGAUCUGGGAUAGAACAUUUCCCUCACAACACGCCCCAUCCAAUAUGUGUAUAUUGAAUGUUUUCCUCCUUUUCUCUUCUUUUUUCGGAUCAAUUCUUGGACUUUUGGAUUUUUUCUGUUGAUAUUUCCUUUCCUCAUUUCCGACUUCUGAUAUUUCCGAAUUAUGAACAGUUUUCUCUGAGAUACUCAGCUUCUUUUUUGAAGCCUCCACCGAUUUUUCAUCAUUCACGCAGCUUAAGCUUCCCCGAAUUCCCCGAUCCCCCUCCCAACAAAAUUUUAAUUUUCAGCCGGGUUUCUUUCCUUUAAAAAUGUUUUCCCAAACAUUUGUAUAUAGUUUUUUCUCCUCAGCUCCCAUCUUUUCAUAAUUUUAGUUCAAGUUCCCUGUACAAAUCCUUUUGCUCUUUUUUUUCCUUCUAUGAAGUAAUAAAUACAUGACUGUCUAAA